UGGGUGUUUUGUGAAUUAAAUUCGGAGAGUAUAAAAUUUUUUUGUGGCCGCGUGAGGUGUCUGCAUACACAGACGUUUUCUCCCCCACUCUCCCUAAUUUUUACCCUCAUUAUUCAUUAAAACCCUAAGACUUCCACAAGGACCACAACCCACGACUACCUCCGCCACCGGCCACCUGCAUCUGCUGCCGCCUAUCGUCCGUGUCUCUUACCGCCUGUCUGCUGCCGUCCUUUGCUGCAUAUCCAUUUUCUCAGCCUCUAAUCUUCAAUUUCAGUUUUAAGGCAGCUUUUCGAUUGGGUGUUAUAUUUGGUGCUUGCAGAUCAAAAUACCAUGAAUUUUGCUGCAUCAUUAUGCCAAAGAGUCAACCUUAGGCAAUUGGUCUCUACUUUUCCUGCUUAUGCAGCUGCAACUGAUGCUUCUGGGGCAGGUUUGGCUUUAGUUUUUAGAAGGUGGGCUACUAAGAAGACAGCUGGAUCGUCAAAAAAUGGAAGAGAUUCUAAGCCUAAAUUUCUUGGUGUGAAGAAAUUUGGAGGCGAGAGAGUUAUACCAGGUAACAUCAUUGUUCGGCAGAGAGGAACUCGAUUUCAUCCUGGAGACUACGUUGGCAUAGGAAAGGACCACACCCUGUAUGCACUCAAAGAAGGCCAUGUGAAGUUCGAGAAACAUAAGUUGAGUGGUCGCAAGUGGGUGCAUGUUGAGCCUAAGGACGGUCAUGUUAUUCAUCCCGUUUAUGCAGAGGCCGACAAUCCUCAACUGAAGACUGCUGCUUAGAUGACCUUUGUUUCUUUUGCUGUAGCAUCCCUUAUAAGUUAUAACAAUAUUUUCGGUUUCUUUGUCAGAUUGUAAGUGGAAGCUAAUUUAAUAAGAAUUAAGUUCCUUCAUUGGACUCAGUUCCGAUAUUGAAGUUAA